AGGAGGUACUGAAGAGACUCAGCUGCCGUGGAGGCACCAGACUCCUACUAGGGAAAACCAAACUCCAAAAAGGAAUAGAACAAGUAACAGCCAGGGCACUCAGUCCAGGAGAAGUCUCCAAAGGGUAGUUCAUUAGCUACAGGCGUAGUAUGGAUGGCUGAAAACACCUCUUACUCCCAGGAUCCACAUGGUCGGGGACCUUGGCUGCUCUGACUAUUUUGCAAGACACAGAUUAGAGGUCAUCCUAGGAACUGCCACUGACUAAGAAUCUCGGAAUGGCAAAAACUUACAUGAAAUCCAAGGAGAUGGUAGAGCUGGUCAACACGUCGUCCUGGAAUGACAAGGGUCUGGGUUCUCAAACUGAGAUAAAGGAGCAGGAGAGAAGACAUGGUGCCUAUGGGAUGCUUGGAAACUUAACUGAAGAGCAUGACAGUAUUGAAGAGGAAGAAGAGGAAGAAGAAGAUGGGGAGAAACCCAAGAGAAGAGGACCUAAGAAAAAGAAAAUGACUAAAGCUCGCCUUGAGAGGUUCAGGGCUCGAAGAGUCAAGGCCAAUGCUCGAGAACGGACCCGGAUGCAUGGUCUGAAUGAUGCCCUCGAUAACCUCAGAAGAGUUAUGCCAUGUUACUCUAAAACCCAAAAGCUUUCCAAAAUAGAGACUCUUAGACUGGCCAGGAACUAUAUUUGGGCUUUGUCUGAAGUCCUGGAAAAUGGCCAGACACCUGAAGGGAAGGGCUUUGUGGAGAUGCUCUGUAAAGGGCUCUCUCAGCCCACAAGCAACCUAGUGGCUGGAUGUCUCCAACUAGGGACUCAGUCUGUCCUCUUGGAGAAGCAUGAGGAGAAAUCUCCUAUUUGUGACUCUACCAUCUCUGUCCACAACUUCAACUAUCAGUCUCCAGGGCUCCCCAGUCCUCCUUAUGGGCAUAUGGAAACACAUCUUCUUCAUCUCAAGCCUCAAUCAUUCAAGAGUUUGGGAGAUUCUUCCUUUGGGAGCCACCCACCUGACUGCAGCACACCCCCUUAUGAGGGCCCGCUCACUCCACCCCUGAGCAUCAGUGGCAACUUCUCCUUGAAGCAAGAUGGCUCUCCUGACCUGGAAAAAUCCUACAGCUUCAUGCCACAUUAUCCUCCUCUAGGCCUGAGCUCAGGGCAUAUGCAUUCAACUCCCUUUCAGGCUGGCACCACCCGCUAUGAUGUUCCUGUUGACAUGUCCUUUGAUUCCUACCCCCAUCAUGGUAUUGGGACCCAACUUAAUCCAAUCUUCACUGAUUAGGGCAAUAAGUCCAGCAUUUCAGAGGAUGAUUAGAGAUAUUUCCCACAUUUUAAGUGGCUGAGCUGACGAUUCAAAGAACCUAUAGAUAUUUAUCAAACAUGAUAGCACUAAUCCACUGAGAACCCCCUAUGCCCACUCCUUCUUCUCAUAAACUUCUCACAUUGCUUAAAUUGCUUUGUUUAGGGUCCUCAAGUGAAAUUGUUUGGUGAUUUUAGAUGAUGUGCUACUAGAAUAUCAGACGUAGGCCCUGUUACAGUGGUGCCGAACACCCAUUCAGAAAUCUGUCUGGUGUUGGUUACCUUCUGAAAACAGGAAGCAGCUGUUUUGUCCCUAAAUAAUUUUGAUCACUCAUAAAUUUCUUGAAAUAUAAAAGCAAUAAAAGGCAAUAACAUGGAUGGAGUGUUCAAAUGGGGCUGCUGCAGGAAGCAUAAGGCAGGAUUCAAAGUUUGAGCUUGUUUCUAUAUAAAAAUAACUUCCAGAGGCAAAUAUUCCAACUCAUACCAUGAAUAACAAAGCAUGUUUUUAGCAAUUAGCUCUAUUUCUCAUUGAGAUGAAAGUCGAGCACAUUUUCCUUAGUGAUUUGAGAAACAUAGUAGAGGCCUCAUGCCAAUUUCAUUUAUUUAUUUAUUAUGAGGUAAGGUUUCAUUCUAGCCCAGGCUGACCUGGAACUCAUUCUGUGGUCCCAGGAUAACUUUGAACUCACAAUGAUCCUCCC